GGAAAGCUUCAACAUAAUCGCAGCAGAUAGAAUAAAGGCAAUCGCAGCCAGCAAUUUCUACCUUCUCUGCGAAUUCUAGGGCGAAAGAAAUCUGUCUGUCUUGAGCGAAGAUGAUCGAGGUGGUGCUGAACGACAGGCUCGGGAAGAAGGUGCGGGUGAAGUGCAACGAUGACGAUACCAUCGGCGACCUCAAGAAGUUGGUGGCGGCUCAGACUGGAACCAGAGCCGAUAAGAUAAGGAUCCAGAAGUGGUAUAACAUCUACAAGGAUCACAUCACGCUCAAGGACUACGAGAUUCAUGACGGCAUGGGCCUUGAGCUCUACUACAAUUAAUUUCUUUCUGUCUCUGGGAUGGCUUCUAUAUAGAAAUAAUCAAAUAAUCAAGCUGUAAUUGGGAGGGAAUCUCUCGCAAUUUGUCAGAGAGAUGGGUGGAAUAUUCUUCAAAAGACAUGUUGAAGUAUUGCUAUAUUGAGGGAUGUGUUAGUAGCGGACCCAUUUACUCUUUAAAUAAAUAUACUGGGAUUGUUUGCAUUUUGAACUAUAUGCGUCACUUAAUUUUCUGUGACAUGGAAUAACUGCUUUAUGUUUUGUGCUAUCACUGCUGUUUAUGCCUAUCACUAUACCUUUACCAUCUAGUUUACUCCACAUAUGCAUGUUUGUCUUAGCAAACCAUUCUUAUCUUGGAUUUAAUUUUUGUAGGCACAACUGGGAACGGCUGUGUCAGUUCCAUGAAGUGAUCUCAUUGAUUCUUUUAUAUUAACCAUGGUAAACUUAUUCUACUUUUAGGUGGAUUAUUCAGACUUGUGAACCCUGUCAUGUUAAUCAAUGACCUUUGAUAUGGGAUUUUUACAUUUUAGGUUCUGAAUAGGUGUAUAUUGUGACUAACGACUAUAGUCGUGUAUGAUGGUUUCCAACUGGUAACGCAUCUGUUGGUGCUCUUCUGCAGAACAAGUGUAAGCUUGGAUGAACAUUAUUUUCUAGGUCUUCCCCUACCCGACCUAGUUAAAAAGAAGCAUUCAAACUUCUGGAAAUUUUAAGGUCGAAAAAUUUUUUUUGGAAGCUUGUCUUCUAGUCUCUUUGUUCUUGAAAUCCUUAAAUCUUUUAGCCAGCAUUCUUUAACAUCCUGGGAGGCCCUCCCUUCUCUCCUCUGUUGCUCCCUGUGUUAAAGUAGCUUAGGAUAUGGACUUCAAGUCUAGCCCAUGAAUUACAAUAGAAAUACUCUUCCUAGAUCUAGAUGCUUUUUUAUUCCAUUGACAAUUUUGGAAAGAAUAAUGAUAUAUGGGACAAAGCAUUGAAAUGAAAUAACGAAACGAAUCUAAGUUAGCAUGAUACAUCAACAAAAGAUUAAAAGUUGAGUCCCAUGUCAUCAUAUGAGAUUUGAAAUGGAGUGAGAUUUGAGAUGAGUAUGAGAGAAAGAAAGUGAUGGGAAAAACAAGAGAUUUGCAAGAGGAAAACGGAUGAUGCCAGGAAUAAGGAACUUGGAAGAAGAUGAUGAUGUGGGAUCUAAUUUUUAAUAUUUUGUUGAAGUGUCAUGCCAACUCAAAUUUAUCUCAUUAUUUUGUUUCAUUACUUCAUCCCGUGUAUUAUUAUUCUUUUGGGAACUAUAAGUGACGUGGAAUCCAUCUGUAAAGUCGGCCAUCCUCUGCAUUGUCUAAUGCAAAUUACAACGUCUGAAAAACCAGGAGAACACCAUCUUUUGCUUUUUCAUCACCAUAUGAUGACUGUAUUUGACUAUCCCCAUUUCCAUAAAAGCAGGAAUAUGUUUUGUCUAAUUUUUGUCUCUUAAUUUUUUAUGCACAUUUUGGUCCCUUAAUAAAAAAUACAAUCCUUU